AUGUCCGCCGCUGCCGCCGGACAAGACUCCGAGCUUGGUGGCUACAACAUAGGAGGGAACCGCCUCAUAUGCCCCGGGUUGCCGGGUAAUUCCAGGUCAUCGAAUUUGACGGAUUCAUCGCAACUCUUCCGAUUCGGAGAAAUAUUUACCUUUUACAAAGGAGAAGAUAAGGCUCCUGGAAUUUGCCAUGGUCUAUCAGACGGCGACUGUACAUAUCACUCGAAUUUCGCUUCUUACCGUGGCUUGGCAUUUGCGUGGUUUGGUCUAAAGCUUGUUCUCUUUCUCAUCGCCCACACUUGGCUACAGAAAUUUCGCCUUCCAGGUUCUGGAAACCUUACGCAAUAA